AGAAUUGCUACAAGAAUGCGCAUUGCUGGGAGAACCAGCUUUUUGGAUAGAAACGAAGCGUAGUAUAGGUAUUCAAAUCCUCAUUGGGCUUGCUGAAGGAAGAUGAUGCGUGCAGAGUCCGUUGGGUCCUUUGACGAGGGCGACGCUAUCAGAUAUGUUGAAUCCCUGAAUCCGGAGGAUAUUUUAUCUUAUGAUGCGGAUUUAAGCAAGGUUACGGUCAACGCCUACGAUAUGCUCAUGCCACGCACAUCAACCGCGGGAUUUGGGGACGCCAAUCGUCGUGUGGGUUGGGGUUCACGGCCAUGCAGUGCAAGAUCGACAGGGUCCGCGACACGAACACGUUCACAGGCCAGUGAUCCUCAUAGCGCUAGUAAUGCAUCCAGCAGGAUACUGUACCCUGGUGACAAGACCAAACCGAGGCUUCUGAUGUCGCUAUUGCAGUACAUGAAAACAGAAACAAAGGUGCUCGGUGUUGAUAGCGCACCAGCAGGGGACAGUUGUCGACUGCAGGUUUAUCGCGAGGUCUUUGAUCGCUUCAUAGAGGAGUUCAAAACAUAUGAGCCCCUUCUAAGUCAAGUCAAGAACGAGUAUGAAAUGGCCCUGCAAGCACAACGGAGGGCUUUGGAUAAAUUAGAGCCAUUGCAGGCACAGUUGGCAAUACAUAAAUACCAGGCGGCACAAGACAUGGAUCGAAUGCGAGAGGACGCAGAUCAGAAGUUACAACAGUGCAUGAACCGCAACCACGACCUUGAACGAAAGUCUUCCCUCCUUGAAUCGGAGUUGGAGAGCCUGCGACAUCAAUACGGAAAGAUAUCUGAUGAAUUGAUUCGGAGGGAUGCACGUAACGAGGAAUACGUCUCGAGCAAGAUAGCAGAGAUACGCGCUGAAAUGGACACGUUAGAACGACGAUCUCAGGAAGAGCUAAGGAGAAAAGAAGAGGAGAACUCUGAAUUGCAACGUGGAUUGCGAAAAGCUCAUGAAGAUCUGGCAUCAAUGGUCGACGCAAUGAAUACAUUAAACGCCUCCUAUGCAAAUUCGGUCACUCGAAGGCAGUAUGAGGAUGUCGUCAAAGAGCGUGAGGUUGCAACAAGCCUUGGGGAUCAACGCUUACAAGAGUUGGAAGCACUGACAGCCACAAAUCGAGCUCUGCAAGACCGGAUUACCGAACUAGAACGUAUCUUGAAAAGAGAGCAGGAGGAUAAGUAUCCAGAUUGGGACUAUGUUCAAUCAAGGUGUCCCGCAAGUGUUCAAGAAUGGGGUCUACUCUGCAAAGACCGAGACUAUAACGAUUCUAUUGUCUUACUUAUCCGAGAACUGAUCAAGGCUAAGACUGCAAAGCCCGAACUCAGACGUGAGAAAGAGCCGGACCGGGUCAGGGGUCAGAUAGACUUGGAACCCCGUUUCUUUGUUGGACUCGGAUUAGGGGCUGGAAUACCAAAACAUCUUAGGUUCAAAGGAAAGAUCAGGAAUCGCCGCUUGUCACGCAAGAACCUCUGUUUGUUGAUUCGAGAUAUCUGGUCCGCGAAAGCCAUCUAUGAUGCUGGUCCAAAACGAGCCGGAAAUCGCUCGAGUCUGGCAGAUUUUUUAUACGCAUAUCUAAAAAAGCGGUUUGGUACUCAAGAGGCUGUAGCGGAAUGGGGUUAUAAUAUUCAUGAGGCCUGCAAGAAGCACCAAUUUCAAAGUGUCGAGUGUCAGCUGUUUUACAACGUUCUGACAGAUGCGCUGGACGAGGAAGUUUACCAUCAACAAUCACGCAAAAUUGAGCGACUAAAAACGCUUUUCUACCGAUUGGACGUAGAAGUACACGAAGGGAAAGUCAGGGGGAUUAUAUCAAAGCAAGAAGCCAUGUCAGCCUUAAAGCAGCACUGGCCAACGAAGGGAGAUCAGCAGUUUGAGCAGCUUCAGAACGCCCUUGACGCAGACCAACCUGGUGGCACGCUGACUUACCGUUGGCUCUUCCAGCCAGAAUCUGAAAGUCUUUUCUUGGAUAUUGUACGGGAACAAGAGAUGGAGAGUAGAGAGGCGUACGUGACGGGGUUAUCGGACCUAUUGGGUACAAGUAUCCGAAUGGAGGCAGAAAAGACUAGAAGCAAGGAAGCACAAACGUUUCGUCUCACUGCUUUAGACUAUUCACGUGCAAUAGCACGAUUUGAUCCAGGGCUAUCAAAACAAGGCAUUGAUGAGCUUUUGGGCAGAGGCUUCGGCGUCCGUCCACAGGAUCUUAAGAUGAGAACGUCACUGGAAGUUGAAAAGUUCUUGAAGAACCUGCGUCGUGGAGUGGUCGGUCAAGGUUCAGACGAGCCAAUAUAA